CUCCCUGGGCUAUAGUGCACGAUCUUUUAAUAUACCGACGCCAUUUAUCCCUCGGAGGCUGGCCUCUGGCAUUUGUUGUUUGCCCAGAUUCCCACCGCCCUCAAUAUGCGCGGCUAAAGUCGACGCUCAUCUUGGAAGGAAGACCGCUGCUCUCCCAUGCGCCGCCCCGCCCUUCCCCCCGUGGAGCGUCACUUACAACCCGCAACCGCCUGCAACGGCCCAGCAGAAACCACGACGACGUUCCUCCCUUCGAGGAGCAACCUUCUCCGACUCGAAAUAGAUUAACAGUACCCCAGAACAUGGCGUCACGCGAUUAAACCCGUCCAACAGGCGUACAUUCAGAGUCUUGGCUUUCAGAAUUUGCCAGCAAUUUUGCCUCCGAACCUCCUCCGCCCUGGUAUUUCUGGGAUGCUUGGUUGCCCACGCCCGCGAUCCAGUCGAGAUGCCGACAGCAGCCCUCCCGCUGUACUUAAUCAUGGCAAAAGUGCAUCCUUUCCCCGUACUCUUGCCGUCUUGGUCAACUUGGCUUCUUCCGUCCCACCCAGACUAAAAAAGAGCCCUCUGCCGCCUCCACGUCUUGUCGCGCACAUCACCUAGCCGCCAAGGUUCUCUUCUUCGCCAACCUCGUGGUUCGAUAUGCUCUGGACUUUGUGGUUUGGGCUCCUCGCGGCCCUGCUCAGCAGAACCGUGACGGCGCAGGCUAAUGCCAUCUACCGCGACCCCGACACCGGCCUCGUGUUUUCUUCCAACUACGUGCUGUACAGGGUAAACCAGGGCAUCACGUACCGCGUAGCCAUUCCGGCCAACGUCCAGACCUACACCUCGUACGAUGCCGUUAUCCAGGCCGUCAUUCCUAACGAUGUCGGUUGGGCCGGUAUUGCCUGGGCUGGCUCUAUGCCCAGGAACCCGUUGACUGUUGCCUGGAGAAACAGCCAGAACCAGCCGGUGCUCUCCUCUCGCUGGGCUGGUGGCCAUAUCACCCCCCAGGCCUACAACAACGCCCAGUACACCCUUUUCAGGACCGGCACCAAGUCCAACGGCACCCACUGGCAGUACACCGCUCUCUGCAAGGGAUGCACUUCGUGGACGACCGACACCGGCGCCUCCCGCUUCCUGAGCCCCAGGGGAGGAAACCGCAUGGCUUUUGCCUACUCCCCCAACCGUCCUUCUUCCCCCAACAGCCCCACCUCGACCAUCCCAAUCCAUGACGUCCAUGGAUACUGGCAACACGACUUCUCGGGGGCUGCCAACCAGGACUUUGACGCCAUUGUCGAGAGACUUGCGAGCGGUGUCUAAGCCAGUCCAAAAGGCAUGGGGGAGAAUAUUUCGGCGGGAGUUGUACAUACAUGACUUGGAAAGCCAGAGGCGGCCGUUGGAUCGCACCAAGAGGGUUUUUUGGAAGCGAAGCACUGAGGUCUCUGGACUGAGCAUAUAGAUUGCAUGGAUUGUCUGGACAUGCGUAUUUGUUCUGCGUCAUCAUACCCCUCAAAGACGGGUAUUUGAAGAAAAAAAUCACAAGUCCUUACUUCA